AUGUCGCAACAAGAACAAAUCCCGCAAGAAGAGGAAGUCGCGCAACAAGAGGAGGAACAUUCACAAGAACAAGAAGAGCAACUGCCCAUCGACUGGCCCGAGAACAUCGAGUACCUGCGCCGUCCCAAAAUCUCUCCCGCCGUACCCGCCAUCGCUCUCAAGAUCCUCAACACUCCGACUGCUGCGACUGCUUCCUUUACACGCUUCUCUGCCGAUACCUUGCAGUUUCCUAACCCUGACGUCCGUAUCGUUCCUCUCAAUGACCCCGAGCAUCCAGCCAAUGGCCAGUUCGGCCUAGCUGCCAAGAAGCACUUCUAUCCUGGCAAUUUCAUCCUACCCUACAUUGGUCUCAUGCACACCAACAACCCCAAAGAUACCGAUCCCGACUCCGAGUAUGACAUCUCGCUUGACCGAGACCUUGAUCUUGCUCAAGAUGCUGCCAAGUCCGGCAACGAGGCUCGCUUCAUCAACGACUACCGUGGCAUCGCCGAUAGACCCAAUGCCGAGUUUCGCGACAUCUGGUGGGAGCGCUGGAUUGGCAUCUUUGUUGUGACCUCUGGCAGCUCUGGCAUGAGAAAGAACGGCAUUAGACCAGGAGAGGAGAUUCUCGUCAGCUACGGCAAGGGCUUCUGGAAAGACAAGAAGGACGAGUGGGUCGCGCCAAAGAAGACAUACGCGCCAGACCCGGUACAAAGAGUGGGAAAAGUCCGCGUGCGAAAGUAG